UUCCUCGCCCUGAUGUGGGUAUUACUGCAUACUGUGAGAAACUACGGACCAUAGUCAUAUAUAUUGUGUUUCCUUUCCUCACCCUCAUUUUCAAAUUUUCCAACACACUCUCACAACAACACCUUUCGUACUUUUGUACAUCACACUCAUUUAUUCGUUUCCUGCGUGCUAUUCAUUCCUUCACUUGCUACUCUGUUGAUACAGAUCCUUCUAUUCUAUCAAACACCAAUUGAGGCCAGUAACUCUUGUGUUUUCGAUCACUUCUCAACAAUCCUUUAGCUUGCAAAGCAACCACAUUAAAGAUAUUCGCACCAUCAGACUUGAAUACACUUCAAAGUACAUAUCCUACAACAAAAACAAUCUAUUAAACUCAAUCAACCAUUAUGGUUUUCUCAAAGUUAGCCCUCGUGGGCACAUUUGCCGCUUCGGCAGCAGCAUACUCCGCGACUGCAAGAACAUUCGCUGUCAAUCAUUUCUAUGGAGAAGGUCCUCUUCUUACCGCCCGUAUGGAUCCAAUCAUCAACCCAGGAACUGUUGGAAGUCACGUACAUACAAUUCAAGGAGGAAGUGCCUUUGCUGAGACUAUGGAUGACACCACGGCCCUGCACUCAAAUUGCACUUCAUCACUUGUCAAGAAUGAUAAGAGUAAUUACUGGACCCCCUCAUUGUACUUCAUUGAUCCAAAGGACCCCAGCAAUAUCACAUCCGUGCCUAUGUUCUACAUGAACGUCUAUUAUUUGUGAGUGGUGAAAGUGUUUUACAUUCAAUAAUAGGUGUACUAAUAUUUUACAAGCUUUGAGCCUACCACCGAUAAGAUCACCGCUUUCCAACCAGGCCUUCGUAUGGUAGUUGGUAAUCCAAAUCUUCGUACUCCACCAGCCAAUGGCUCAGGAUCCGUCGUCGACUACGCCAACGGUACUCCUCAACCUGUUCAAAUCACCUGCCCUCGUGCCAAUUAUGGUGGAGCUCCAUCAUGGCCUGCAAACUCGGACGGAUUGCACGGUGUAGGAAUUCAGGACCCAGAAAACAAGGGAGCCGGUGUUGGAUUCCCAGAUCAAAAUUGUGACGGAUAUGCUUCUCCAAUGCGUCUUGAUGUUCACUUUCCAUCAUGCUAUAACCCUGCUGUUCCCUUGAGUGACUAUAAGCACAACAUGGAUUGGCCCACGAACGGGAAUUGUCCUAAGGGUUGGAUUCAUACUCCUCAUAUCUUCUAUGAGGUUUACUACAAUACUCCCCUUUUUGCGAAUCUAUGGACACCAGGACAAGGAAAGCAACCUUUCGUUCUUUCCAAUGGAGAUCCAACUGGCUACAGCUUCCACGGUGAUUUCGUAAGUUGAUAUUUUCACUCUUGGUAAAUACUUUCAAUAUACUAACAAAUUCACAGCUUUCAGGUUGGGAUGUCGAAACUCUUCAACAAAUCAUCGAUAACUGCGAUGCAGGUGAUUCCGGAAUGGACAAAUGUCCAGGGAUCAUUGGUGGUUUGAAUGACCCCACUUCAAACUGUAAUAUCCCAUCACCAAUUGAUGAGGUUAUCUUCGGAUCCAUGUCCUUAUUGCCAGGUAAUAACCCUGUCACACCAUGGGGUACCAACGUUGGCAAUGUAGCUUCUUCCGUCGUUGCAUCUGCUACUUCCGCUCUCGCAUCAAAAGCUUCUUCUGUAGCUGCCGGUGCCUCAUCAGCUGUAUCUUCAGUUGCAGCUUCCCUACCUGGCGUCGCAUCAUCUCUAUUGGGAGUUGCCGCUUCAGCAGUACCAGUAUCUAUUCCACAAGUCUCUCUACUUGUCUACCCAUCAGCAAGCUCUGCAUCAAGCAAACAUUCUCAAAAGGGUACCCACGGCGGGGCUCCAGCUGCUACCCAAGUAGCAGCAGCAGUAGGAGGUGGUGGUGAUUUCUUAUCCUCCAGCGUCAUCACAUCCAACGGCCAAGCUUUUACCUCCGUCGUAACCGUCCACGCCUCAACUCUAAUCUACAAAACCGUCUCCGUCACCGCCGGCCAAGCACUUCCCACUGGCUCCAGCUCUUCAAGCAGCGCUCCUGCCACCAUUUCAGGCUACUCAUAUGCGGGCUGUUACGCAGAUCAAGAUUCAAGCCGUGUUCUCUCUGGUGUUGAAUUCGCGGGUAUUGGCAAAGUUACAAAUACAGCUUGUGUAGCAUAUUGUUCCGCAAAGGGCUACAGUGUUGCAGGAACAGAAUACGGAGGUCAGUGUUUCUGCGGUGAGAAUGUACCAAGUCAGACGCUAGAUGCGACUAAAUGUAACAUGGCUUGUGCGGGAGAUGGAAAUGAGAUUUGUGGGGGUGGAUUGGCGUUGAGUGUUUAUUCGAAGGAAGGUGCUGGUAAGAAGGAUAAGAGAUUCAUGAGACAUUUUCAUAGACAUGCUAUGAGGACCUAGAGUUCGGGGGUCGGGAUUUUUCAAUAAAUUGCUUUUUGGGGGAGGAAGGAGGGAAGGUCCUCAGCAAGGACGCAAGGAGGGCAAAAAUACAUUUCGUUCUCGCAAGGCGAGCCCCUUUUUAUUUCUUGAACAAAAUCAUUUUUUCCUUUUAGAGAUACCGGGAGCAACUAAGCUAUUUGAUUAGGUGCAGUUUGGUUUUGGUAGACUGGUAUCUAGGAAACAAAUACAUCUUUUGUGAGAUUACUUGCUUAUUUAUCAUACUCCUCUUUUGUGGAUUGUAGGUAUGGAUUUGAGAUAUAGUAUACAUAUGAUAGCUAU